AUGGCUGAGAAGAUUGAGAAUCGAGGACCGGAGCUUCUAGGCGUCAACGUUUUCUUCGUCACGACGGCAAUCAUCGCCACGGCGCUGCGAUGUUAUGUGAGGAUAGGGUUGGUGAAGGCUUUUGGACGAGAUGACUGGCUCAUGGUGUUGGCUUUGGUUUUCUUCAUCUGUUACUCUUCGUUUUCGAUUGCGGGUGUUCACUAUGGCACCGGCCGUCACUUCAAGGACCUCACGCAGGACCAAAUCCACAACGCGAUGGAGCGCUGGUGGUACUGCUACCUCUUCUACGCCCUCAGCAUGAUCACAUCGAAGAUGUCCAUCGCCUACUUCCUUCUCCGUAUCGCGACGAAAAAGGUCCAUAUUUGGAUCAUCUACUGCGCCAUGAUUUUCACCGUUCUCGCCGGAGUUGUCUUUUUCUUCGUCUCCAUGUUCCAGUGUCUGCCAGUAUCUCGUUUUUGGAACAAGGACAUCCCAGGAACUUGCAUCGACGUCAACGUGGUUAUUGGACUGGCCUACCUGUACAGCGCCUUCAGUGUCAUUUCCGACAUGACAUUCGCCAUUCUCCCGGGUUUCCUCGUUUGGAGUCUGCAGCUCAAGACACGAGCCAAGUUGGCGUUGAUUCCGUUGCUGGUUAUGGGUUGUGUGGCAAGCUCCGCAGUUAUCGUCCGGUUCGGCUAUCUCAUGAACUUGAAGGACCCAGACUUCCUAUGGGCCACUCUCGACACUGCCAUCUGGUCCUCAGUUGAACAGGGCCUGGCCAUCACCGCUGGUAGUCUGGCAACCAUCCGCCCUCUUCUCAAGCUGGUCGGCUACAAGCUCGGCAUGACCACUGACCCGUCACGACUCCGAAUGACGGACGACGUCGCUCGCCGGCCCUCCGCCUUCAUGAACACGAGUCAGCACCUCAAGAGUGGCCAGGGCAAGGAGGCCCAGGAGGACGCCUACGGCAUGUCCAUCAUCCCGUGCAAGUGCUGCGGCAACUUCAAGUGCGACAAGAGGAACAGCGGAGCGUCGAGCGCGAGCAAGAGCAAGAGGAGGUCAAGCCUCGGGUUUCCGUCACGGAUGAAAAAGGAUGAGCCGCACGCUCUAGCCAACGUGAAGUCGGUCAGCGAGAGCGAAGAGGAGCUGAACGCGGGCAGGGUGAGGGGGGACUCUCACGCCCAUGAUACACAGGGAGUGGUACCCAAAAGUUUCAUGUCCUGA